AUGCAGCAUGAAACGGUGCUUCGGAACCAAGUUCUUGCUUUACAGAAUGAGUUAGAAUCUGUGAAGCAAGACAACUUAAAGCUUUACGAGAAGGUUCGCUUUCUUGAUUCAUACGAAGGUGGAGACCGAGUUGGCCUGGCAGACCGCAACCGAUCGCGCCUGCUAUCUUCUACUCCUUCGGCAUUAGCAACAACAUCAAUUGGUCAAAGCACAAUUGAUUUUGCUAGUGGAGAAGAGGGACUCCUGCGCACAUAUUCAUCUGCCUAUGAGGCCCAUAUAAGUCCCUUCGAGCAAUUCAAUCGACGCGAGCGAAAUCGCCGCUACGAAGAGCUUCCACCGCAUGAAAAAAUCAUGCUGCACAUGGUAUUGUUAAUUAUAUUUUAUUGA